AAGCUAAAGUAAUAGAAAAGGUGGAAGCAUGAUGCUAGUAGAUAUAUUAAGUAAGCUAAAAAGGAAGAAUAAUAUUAUAUUUGCUUUGUUGAAAUAUCAUAAAGAUACAGGAAAUUAUAUUAUAAGACUAUUGAUGCUCCACACUCCAGUUCAGUUGGUGGCGGUAAUGCACUAAUAAACUAGUCUGCCAAACGCCAAUAAACAGAAAGAAGAAAGAAUAUUUUCUACUGGACUGAACUGCUUUCAAAACAGUCUCGCAUUUAAAGACUCGCUUUUAACAUAUUGUGAAUGCAGUAGUCAUAUUGUAAAUAUCGCGAUAGGUUUUCGAAGAUGUUAGGGCUGGAUCUGUCCACUAGUGUGGAUGGUGUCGUCGAAACAAUCGAAAAGCUCCCAAUAGACUUGUUUGCAGAAACGCUUCAGUCAAUCCUGGUUCAUCUUCAGGAUCAGAACAGAGCAGUAGAUUUGAUUGAAACCUGUGAUAAAUUUCAAAGAGUUGGGAUAAACCUUGAUCAGAAAGCUGUUCAAGAUAUUAUAAAACUGAUGACAUACUAUUUUAGGUUAGCUGCAAAGAGCAAUCUCAGUUCGGAUGUCUUGGUCAGUAAAUUGACUGAAUGCAGCAGUAAAUGGUCCAAAUCUACGCUACCGGUGGUGCACCAGCUUUGGACUGAACAUAGUGCUCUUCUACAUGCACAUCAGGAGGUCCUGACUAUGGCUAGUAUUGGACAGCUUGUAGAUAUUCAGUGGAAGCUUGGAAUGGCAGUGAGCUCAGAUACCUGUCGGUCCCUCAACUCCCCGUUCAUCUCUGUUCUGAUGAAAAUUGCAGACACAUCAGGAGAGAUGUCAUAUAAAUCUUUUGAGAUGACAGUUCAGCAGUUUCAGAACUUCUACAGGCAGUUCAAGGAAAUGGCCUCUGUUUUAGAGACUGUUUAAUGUUUUUCUGCAUGUUAAUUUUACAGCAGUGAUUGUGAACCAUUUUGUCUAUGACCAAAUAUUGACAUACAAGUACAGUAUUUAACAGUUUAACAACAUAAAAUGUCUUUUGAAUUUUGAACUGAUUCAAAAUUUUUAUUUUAUUCUACUGUUACAGUAGCUACAAGGUUAAAAUUCUUACUUUAUCCUAUUAAUAAUGGUAUUAUGUUAGAAAAUGUCAUUUCAUGUUUGUUUGUUUUUUGUUCUCUGUGGAUAAUCAUAAAUUUCCAUUUCACAUUAUUAUUGAACUUUAUAAUUGUCUUCAGUGCUCCACUUCUAAUUGGUUUUUCCACUUUCAAAUAACAAGUAACACUUAUGAGAUGCUUAAUAACCUGAAUUUCUUUAGAGUGGAAAACACAUUCUUCAUUAUUAAAAAUAUUCAAUGAAUCAA